CUUCCCCACAAAGUUCGUCGUCGUCGUCGUUGGGAGCCUGAGUCCAAAAAGCCAUGAGCAAUGAAAAGGAAGAGCAACCAUCAAUGGAGAUCGACGAUUCGGACAAUGUUGUCGAUCUCACUAGCUGCCAGCUCCACACUCUCGAUGCGAUCGAGUUACGACCGACUCUAAUUGAGCUGGACCUUACGGCGAACCGUUUAUCGGAAUUAGAUUCGAGAAUCGCUCAGCUCUCUGCGCUCAAGAAGCUUUAUCUUCGCCAAAACCUAAUCGACGAUUCCGCCGUCGAGCCUUUGUCUCGCUGGGACGCCUUGUCCGAUCUCGAGGAGCUGAUUCUCAGAGAUAACAAACUAGCAAAGGUUCCAGAUACUGCCAUAUUCUCAAAGCUUUUGGUUUUUGACGUAUCUUUCAAUGAGAUCACUUCGCUGCAAGGGUUAUCAAAGGCCUCUAGCACGCUCAAGGAGCUCUACGUUUCUAAGAACGAAGUUAACAAGAUUAUGGAGAUUGAACACUUGCACGACUUGCAGAUUCUUGAACUCGGUUCUAAUAGAUUACGGGUAAUGGAGAAUAUGGAGAACUUCACUAAAUUAGAUGAACUAUGGCUUGGAAGAAACCGUAUCAAAGUUGUGAACCUGUGUGGGCUCACAUGUAUUAAGAAGAUUAGCUUGCAGAGCAAUCGAUUGACCUCUAUGAAAGGAUUUGAGGAGUGUGUUGCUCUUGAAGAAUUGUAUUUGAGCCAUAAUGGUAUCUCCAAAAUGGAAGGCUUGAGUGCAUUGGUUAACCUACGGGUGUUGGACGUCUCGAACAACAAGCUCACAUCCGUUGUUGAUAUUCAGACCCUCACAAAGUUGGAAGAUUUAUGGCUUAAUGACAACCAGAUAGAAUCACUUGAAGCAAUCACAGAAGCUGUUACAGGCUCUAAAGAGAAACUCACCACUAUCUACCUCGAAAAUAACCCCUGUGCCAAGUCUUCUGAUUACGUUGCUGUGCUGAGACAAAUCUUCCCAAAUGUGGAGCAAAUAGAUUCUAACUUAUUUGCUUGAAGAUGGAUAUGCCUCGUUUAAUGAGAGCAUAUGGGAAUUGAAUCCAAGAAAUCAGGUGAUAUCUUGAAAUAUACACGUGGUCGGUUGUUUAUCAUAAAGAAGUGCAAAGGAGCAAAUCAAAUCGUUGUCUUCAUCAAUAUUUUGUCAAAACGACUCUCGUGUUCCCUUGCAAGCAAACCCAACGCUUGUAUUUGCCUGUAAGCAGUGUUUGGUCUGUUUGUAAGGCUGAGUUUGUCUUUGUUUCCCCUGACACUCUUUAUUAUUAUUAUUUUUUUCGGGGUUUUCAUGUGUGAUUGUUAAGCAUUGUAAAGUUGCUAGGUUGAGGUUUCACUGCUUUUUGGUUACUAUUGUCAAGUCUGUUCUUUCA